UAUCCUGGAAGAUAAGCGUUCGCUGCGGCUGAAGAACUGACCUUUUCGUUUUGCUUUCACGGUGAGAGCUUGAUUUAUCUUUACAUGGCCGGGAAAGAGUAAUGUGUAAAAAAACUGUCCAUCUCCCAGGGGAUCAGGUCCUUAUUCCUGGGUACCAGCCAACCCGGACUCACUGCCGAGCAGUCGACACAGCCGGUCAUGCUUUUGGUGCUCUGAAACAGGACACCAGACAGCUCACGAGCACCGCGUAGCAAUCGCAAAGGAUGGAUUUCAACGUAAUUCGGCUGUUGAGCGGAAGAGCUGCGGUGCUGGUGAUAGCCCCGACGGUGCUGCUCAGUGUGCUCUCCGCCGCCGAGCGAGCGUGUCCGAGCAGCUGCCGGUGUCACGGCAAAAUAGUCUACUGCGAGUCGCUAACGCUGCAGGAAAUUCCUCCCAACAUCUCGCCCGGCACUCUGGGGCUGUCGCUGCGGUACAACAGCGUCCAGAGGCUGAGCCACAACCAGUUCACGGGGCUCAACCAACUCACUUGGCUGUACCUGGAUCACAACUACAUCAGCGCCGUCGACGAACACGCGUUUAACGGGAUCCGCAGACUGAAGGAGCUGAUCCUGAGUUCCAACAAAAUCGCCCGAUUGCUGAAUAACACUUUCCGCCCGGUCACUAACCUCCGCAAUUUGGAUCUAUCGUACAACCAACUCCAGUCUCUGGAAGCGGAGCAGUUUCGGGGUUUGCGUAAACUUCAGAGCUUACACCUGCGGUCCAACUCUCUCAGAACAGUCCCCGUCCGAAUCUUCCAAGACUGCCGAAACCUGGAAUUUUUAGACCUGGGAUACAACCGUAUCCGGAGUUUAGCUCGGAAUGCCUUCGCGGGCCUGACCAGGCUCACUGAACUGCACCUGGAGCACAACCAGUUUUCCAAGAUCAACCUGGCUCACUUCCCACGGCUGCUCACCCUGCGGAUCCUCUACUUGCAGUGGAAUAAGAUCAGCGUCGUGAUCCAAGGCAUGUCCUGGACUUGGAGCUCUUUGGAAAAGCUGGACCUGUCUGGGAAUGAAAUCCAAGCCAUAGGACCAAACGUGUUUCAGUGUGUGCCUAACUUACAGACACUGCAUCUGGAUUCCAACAAGCUCACCACCCUCGGGCAGGAGAUCCUGGACUCGUUCAUAUCCCUCACUUCCAUCAGCCUCUCGGGAAAUAUCUGGGAAUGCAACAGGAACAUAUGUUCCCUUGUGAACUGGCUGAAGAUGUUUAAAGGGAGGAGAGAAAGCACAAUGAUCUGUGCUGGUCCAAAACAGCUGCAGGGAGAGCACGUCUUGGAAGCAGUUGACCACUAUAAUAUCUGCGUGAAAAAACACAAAAUUACCACGCAGGGUGCAUCUGAUGUGUCUAAAGCUCUGCCCAAACCUACUUUUAAGCCAAACACGGAAAGGCCUAAGUAUGAAAGUAAACCUCUUCCAGCAACCUUGGUUUCCCCGGAAUCCAGCUCUGAUGCAGAUGUUGUUGAGCACAUCUCCUUUCACAAAAUCAUAGCAGGAAGUGUGGCGCUUUUCUUGUCUGUGUUGGUGAUUUUGCUUGUGAUCUAUGUGUCCUGGAAGCGUUAUCCAGCGAGUGUAAAGCAACUGCAGCAACGGUCUUUGGUCAGGAGACGCAGGAAAAAGAAAAGACAGUCGCUGAGACAAAUGACACCUACCACCCAGGAAUAUUAUGUUGAUUAUAAACCUACAAAUUCCGAAGUUGCUGAGAUGUUGAUGAACGGAACAGUUCCCUGCACGUAUACCAAAUCUGGCUCCAGGGAGUGUGAGAUUCCCAUUGCCAUGAAUGUUUCAUCUUUUCUCACUUAUGACCACCAACCAACAACAAUAAGUUACUGUGGUGCACAUCAAGAGCCUCUUGAUUACAAGCAAUAUGAAAUGCAAGCUCAAGAAGAAAUUAAGGAUAGCCACAGAGAUGUUGAUAUGGAGUUGAGCACAAUAUCAACUGUAACACGCUCUGGAAGCCAUGUUCAGUAAACCGAUAAAAUGACCCAACACAGGAGAGUGGUCUUCAAGUCACUGUACAAUGAACAAGUAAAUGAGGCCAAAUCCAUGACAGUUGAAAAACAUUAAAGUAGCCUCAUGCUCCGACACAUAAAUCACUGUAUUAACAUGGAGGAACUAUAAUCAAGUGUCACACAAAGGGAAAUAGACUGGACUGUUGUUUUUUUGAGUUUCUACUGACUUUAACCCUGCAGUAUUUUUGAAGA